AUGAAGGUUCCCGAACAACAGGAACAAGUAAAAGUAGUAAGACAGGAACAAAGAGAAGUGCGCACAGAAGAAUAUCAGGAAACUCAAGAAGUACGUACAGAAGAGCGACAAGAAACUCAAGAAGUAAGAACAGAACAGCAACAAACGCAAGAAGUACGAACAGAACAGCAACAAACGCAAGAAGUACGAACAGAACAACAACAAACUCAAGAAGUACGAACAGAACAACAACAAACUCAAGAAGUACGAACAGAACAACAACAAACUCAAGAAGUACAAACAGAACAACAACAAACUCAAGAAGUACGAACAGAACAACACCAACAACAUACAGAACAACACCAACAACAUACAGAACAACACCAACAACACACGGAACAACACCAACAACACACAGAACAACAUCAACAACACACAGAACAACAUCAGCAACACACAGAACAACAUCAGCAACACACAGAACAACAUCAGCAACACACAGAACAGCACCAGCAACACACAGAACAGCACCAAAAAAUUCAAAAACACACCGAACAGCACCAGGAACACACAGAACAGCACCAGCAACACACAGAACAGCACCAGCAACACACAGAACAGCACCAACAACACACAGAACAUCACCAACAACACACAGAACAGCACCACGAACAAGUAGUACAUCAAGAAAAGAAAGAGACACACAAACAACACACAGAACACCACCAACAGCACACAGAACAACACCAACAACAUACAGAAAAACACCAACAACACACAGAACACCACGAGUCUCAUGAAAAUCAUGGUCAUAAAGAACACAAAAACAAACCGCAAAAAGAUCACAACCAUCAUCCAAAAUUAUGGGAAGAUGGCGAAAAGUGGGAAACGGUACUUUUCAAAUUGACCGGUUUACGCGAAAGAGAAAAAGCCAUCGCUCACAUCAAAAUCAAAGCCAAUCUUAAAAGUGAGGAAGAAGUAUAUAGGUUUGUAAUAUCUCUUCGCGGUUCGAGAGGUUGGAGUUUCACUUAUGACUUCCUCACAGCACUCGAAGGACACACAAAAAUAACGAUAAUCUUAGAUUUAUUGUAUCAACUUACAAAUGAAAGAGAUGUCUUCAAAGCGUUUGAGGUGUUGGAAAAAUUAACAGCACAUCAGAACAUAGAGGCCAUAUACGAGGUUCUUAAGAAACUGUCUGGUGGAACAAGUCUUCACGAAACAUGUGAUUUCUUCAAACAUGUACACGGAAAACACUCUUCAGGUGUUGAAGGUGUGGUCGCUCAAGUGUUGAAGAUAACAGGAGGAGUUGGUCCUUCCGAGUUGCCUCUUGUAUUCUUAGAAUUGAAAAAUGAAAUCGACAUCAAAGAAGGCUUCAAGUUACUUCUGUCAGGAACAAGAACGGAAGAUCUCGGUGAAGCGAUACGCAAAUUCAAUCUAAUUUGCCGGCAACAGUCUUUCUCCGCAAGUAUCAGAAUCGUUAAGAAAAUAACUAAUAAAAAACAAUUGAAAUACGCUUUGAUAGAACUAAUAGAGGAAAGCGGAAGAAAUCAUUUGGAAUUUGUAUUUGAGAACUUAUACAAGAUCACAGGAGCCAAAGAUUUAAAUGAGGUUAUUGUUGUUAUUAAGACGCACUUCGGUUGUGAUGAUCUGAUAACAUUCCUACGUAAAGUUAACGAAGUCGUGAACACGACUAAGAAAGAUCCGAUCACUUUCCUCUUAGUUCUUAUUGAAUUAACAAAGACCAAGCAUAUUGGUGAAGUUUGUGUCAUCAUAAAGAAAUUUACCACCAAGAAGAUGACGGUGUUGGAAAUUUUACGGGAUAUCAGAAUAAAAUCUAAAUACAACGAUAUUAUUGGUUUCUUCAGAAAAAUCAUCACGUACACGGCAACAGAAACAAUCCAAAGCGCAUGGGAGGUCUUAAUUUCAUUAACAUCGGAAACGGAUAUUUUCGUAAUAUUCGAGCAGUUAACAAUUUACACUAAAGUAAACUUUGUUAUAUUUAUUGAAACAAUAAUGAAGUUUACAAACUCGACUAAUAUUCGAGCAGCAAGUACUAUUCUCUUAAAAACAACAAGUAAAAAACGUCUUUUCGAAUGUAUUCGUGUGAUCUACAUAAUCGUAGAAAUUGAUAUCAUCGAAUUCUUCGAGGUUUUGAUUACAAUAAGCAAACGUUUCCAAUUAGACGAGGUCAUACUCAAUUUGGAAAAAUACACAAAUACUUCAGGUUUCUUAGAUUCGCUUAAAAAGUUGAAAAUCGUGACGAAAGAGACAGACAUAUUAAAAGCAAUCGGUUGUUUAGAAAAGCACGUAUCAAAGGGUGGCAAAGUAACAACCACAAAAAAACCCAUAACAAACAAAACCAUAAGAACCCAAAGACCUUAUACUACCAAAACACCUGUUACAAAGAAACCGGGUCAACAAGGUACACCGGGAACAAAGGGAACACCAGGAACCAAAGGAUCUCCAGGGACGAACGGAACACCAGGUCAACAUGGAACACCAGGACAAGACGGAACGCCAGGUCAAGACGGAACACCUGGUACAUCCCCAACACCAGGAACCAAGGGAACUCCAGGAACCAAGGGAACCCCAGGAACCAAGGGAACUCCAGGAACUAAGGGAACUCCAGGAACUAAGGGAACGCCAGGAACCAAGGGAACUCCAGGAACCAAGGGAACUCCAGGAACCAAAGGAAUACCAGGUCAAGACGGAACACCAGGUCAAGACGGAACACCAGGUCAAGACGGAACACCUGGUACAUCCCCAACACCAGGAACCAAGGGAACUCCAGGAACCAAGGGAACACCUGGAACCAAGGGAACUCCAGGAACCAAGGGAACUCCAGGAACGAAAGGAACUCCAGGAACCAAGGGAACUCCAGGAACUAAAGGAACUCCAGGAACCAAGGGAACACCAGGAACAAAAGGAACUCCGGGGACGAAAGGAAUACCAGGUCAAGAAGGAACACCUGGAUCAACCCCAACACCAGGAACUAAGGGAACUCCAGGAACCAAGGGAACACCUGGAACCAAGGGAACUCCAGGAACCAAGGGAUCUCCAGGAACCGAGGUAUCUCCAGGAACGAAAGGAACUCCAGGAACCAAAGGAACCCCAGGAACAAAGGGAACACCAGGAACAAAAGGAACUCCGGGGACGAAAGGAAUACCAGGUCAAGACGGAACACCAGGACAAGACGGAACACCAGGUCAAGACGGAACACCUGGUACAUCCCCAACACCAGGAACCAAGGGAACUCCAGGAACCAAGGGAACUCCAGGAACUCCAGGAACUAAGGGAACUCCAGGAACUAAGGGAACUCCAGGAACCAAGGGAACUCCAGGAACUCCAGGAACCAAGGGAACACCAGGAACCAAAGGAACUCCAGGAACCAAAGGAACUCCCGGAAUAAAAGGAACACCAGGCCAAGGCGGAUUCCCGGGCCAAGACGGAACACCAGGUCAAGACGGGACCCCGGGUCAAGAUGGAACACCAGGUCAAGAGGGAUCCCCGGGUCUAGAUGGAUCUCCAGGUCAGGAUGGAACUCCGGGAACAAAAGGAACUCCCGGAACCAAAGGAUCCCCAGGAACAAAAGGAACACCAGGAACCAAUGGAACUCCAGGAACGAAAGGAACACCAGGAACCAAGGGAACUCCAGGAACUAAGGGAACUCCAGGAACCAAGGGAACUCCGGGGACGAAAGGAAUACCAGGUCAAGACGGAACACCAGGACAAGAAGGAACACCAGGUCAAGACGGAACACCUGGUACAUCCCCAACACCAGGAACCAAGGGAACUCCAGGAACGAAAGGAACUCCCGGAACUAAGGGAACUCCAGGAACCAAAGGAACCCCAGGAACUAAGGGGACUCCAGGAACCAAGGGAACUCCAGGAACCAAGGGAACUCCAGGAACCAAAGGAACUCCGGGGACGAAAGGAAUACCAGGUCAAGACGGAAUACCAGGACAAGACGGAACACCAGGUCAAGACGGAACACCUGGUACAUACCCAACACCAGGAACCAAGGGAACUCCAGGAACCAAGGGAACUCCAGGAACGAAAGGAACUCCUGGAACCAAGGGAACUCCUGGAACUAAGGGAACUCCAGGAACCAAAGGAACCCCAGGAACUAAGGGAACUCCAGGAACCAAGGGAACACCAGGAACCAAAGGAACUCCAGGAACCAAAGGAACUCCCGGAAUAAAAGGAACACCAGGCCAAGGCGGAUUCCCGGGCCAAGACGGAACACCAGGUCAAGACGGGACCCCGGGUCAAGAUGGAACACCAGGUCAAGAGGGAUCCCCGGGUCAAGAUGGAACACCAGGUCAAGAGGGAUCACCGGGUCUAGAUGGAUCUCCGGGUCAGGAUGGAGCUCCGGGAACGAAAGGAACUCCCGGAACCAAAGGAUCCCCAGGAACAAAAGGAACACCAGGAACCAAUGGAACUCCAGGAACGAAAGGAACACCAGGACAAGGUGGAUAUCCAGGUCAAGACGGGUCUCCGGGUCAAGAUGGAACACCAGGUCAAGACGGGUCUCCGGGUCAAGACGGGACACCAGGUCAAGACGGGACACCAGGUCAAGACGGAACACCUGGUACAUCCCCAACACCAGGAACCAAGGGAACUCCAGGAACGAAAGGAACUCCCGGAACCAAGGGAACUCCAGGAACGAAAGGAACACCAGGACAAGGUGGAUAUCCAGGUCAAGACGGGUCUCCGGGUCAAGAUGGAACACCAGGUAAAGACGGGUCUCCGGGUCAAGACGGGACACCUGGUCAAGACGGGACACCUGGUCAAGACGGGACACCUGGUCAAGACGGGUCUCCCGGUCAAGACGGAACACCAGGAACGAAGGGCUCUCCAGGAACUAAGGGAACUCCAGGAACCAAGGGAACUCCAGGAACCAAGGGAACUCCAGGAACCAAAGGAACUCCAGGAACGAAAGGAACACCAGGCCAAGGCGGAUACCCGGGUCAAGACGGAACACCAGGUCAAGAUGGAACUCCAGGCCAAGACGGAACACCAGGUCAAGACGGAACACCAGGUCAAGACGGGUCUCCGGGUCAAGACGGAACCCCUGGUCGAGACGGGUCCCCUGGUCAAGACGGAACACCGGGUCAAGACGGAAUACCAGGGCAAGACGGGUCUCCGGAUCAAGAUGGAACACCGGGGACGAAGGGAACUCCAGGAACGAAAGGAACUCCAGGAACCAAGGGAACUCCAGGAACAAAAGGAACUCCAGGAAGCAAAGGAACUCCAGGAACGAAAGGAACACCAGGCCAAGGCGGAUUCCCGGGUCAAGACGGAACACCAGGCCAAGAUGGAACACCAGGUCAAAAUGGAACACCAGGUCAAGACGGAACACCAGGUCAAGACGGAACUCCAGGUCAAGACGGAACACCAGGUCAAGACGGAACACCGGGGACAAAGGGAACUCCAGGAACGAAGGGAACUCCAGGAACGAAAGGAACUCCAGGAACCAAAGGAACACCAGGAACCAAGGGAACUCCAGGAACAAAGGGAACUCCAGGAACCAAAGGAACACCAGGCAGAGGCGGAUAUCCGGGUCUAGACGGAACACCAGGUCAAGACGGAACUCCAGGUCAAGACGGAACACCAGGUCAAGACGGAACUCCAGGUCAAGACGGAACUCCAGGUCAAGACGGAACACCAGGUCAAGACGGAACACCAGGUCAAGACGGAUCACCAGGUCAAGACGGGUCGCCGGGUCAAGACGGAACACCGGGAACGAAGGGAACUCCAGGCACGAAGGGAACCCCAGGUACCAAGGGAACUCCAGGAACCAAGGGAACUCCAGGAACCAAAGGAACUCCGGGAACGAAAGGAACACCAGGCCAAGGCGGAUACCCGGGUCAAGACGGAAUACCAGGUCAAGACGGAACUCCAGGUCAAGACGGAACACCAGGUCAAGAUGGAACACCAGGUCAAAACGGAACACCAGGUCAAGAUGGAACACCAGGAUCACCCACCACACCGGGAACUCCAGGAAAACGACCACAUCCCCCAGGGAAAGGCGGGAAAGUUUCAAAGAAUCAAGGAACUCGAGAUAUCCUGAACGCGCUGAAGGCUGACGUUAAUCUGCACUUUUUGAUCCUACCUGAUGGACCUGGCAACACCAAGAACUGUUACUGCACUUGUGAGAGUCCAAACCCGCCUAGGGUGAUAUCUCUUAAACAACUACCAGCACAAAUAUCUGCAUAAUUCAGAUUUAAUUAAACAAUUUGAUGUACUUUUUAUUUCAAUUACGUAAA